AUGGCAUCCCUCAGAACGGGAUAUGGACUGCCCGCCCGACCUAAUGAUGGGAUACGAACACGGAGACCGAGUGACACAGGCCAGCCUGGGAGCAUUCCCAGACCGGCAAACAGGGUCGUGACCACCGCGCAGGACACAAAUGCACCCGUGGCAAUGUCAUCCACGUCAAAGUUGCCGAGCAGAGUACCCCAGCCUACAUCAGCACCGCGACAAUCUGGAAGACCGGCUGCGGCACGCCGUCCCUCACUCGAGCAAAAGUCAGCAUCAUGGGGAUCAACAAGCACCAACCCUUCCAACCCCCCCCGACAGCUGCUGCGCCGGAAGCAGUCAUCAGUGUCACAGAUAGCACGGCCUGAGUUGCCGCCGCAGAACUCCUACCCACCGCCUCUCCGGACCAGAGAGGCAGUCGACUCCUUGUCUAACCAUGCUAGGAAGCCUUCAACAGACAACACGAUGUUGAGCCAACCUAAGGAGGAAGGGUUGGGGCAGCGAGUAGGACUGGGACAAUCGCCGGUCAUCUACCCAGAGCUCGACCGCUACAGGCACCAUCAGCAAUCGGCAACGUCAGAGCAAGUCUUCGAGUUGCCUUACAAGCUCUCGACACAAGACCUUCCGCCCCCUACACCUGCUAGCCUUUUGUUCUCGGGGAGCAGUAGCCAGCUCAGCGCAAGCCCUUCCACAAAGUACUCGGAAUCCCCCGGCCCUGGCUCAUACAGCCGUGACACCACUCCGACCUCAAUGUCUUCCCAGUCACCCGGGAUGGUAUCCUCGUCGCGCUUCUUGGGCCCCAAGCCGCGACAGCUCAGCCCUGCCUUGACUCGACCUCCAGUCACCCGAAGACGAGCCGGCAGCAUCCCCAGUGAUAUGGACUCGAUGGGAACAGACCCUCAAGGCUUGGCUGCUGUACGCGAGUCGACCAACUCGUCAUCCUCCAGCUCGACGGUGAAAGAUGGUGAUCGGGGCACUAGGGAUAAGAAGUCCAUGACAGCCGUACCGCCGCCGGUACCCAACCCGCCGCCUCGCAAAUCCUCGCAGAAGUUCCGAAAGAACAGUUCUGGCGAGGUCAAGACAACCAUUGUCAAGCCAAGAUCAGGGUCUACGGGCAACACCUCAUCACAGAAGUCUGCGGGCCCCCCAACCCGAGAUCCGACGUUGCAAUCGCCAACCAAACCUCCAACACCUCGUCGACCAAGCCGCGAUGGAACCCCUGACAUUCAUUCGCAAUUGCUCGGCCCGGCCCCAGUUGUGCACAGCAACCUGUCAUCUACGUCGCUUCCAGCAGAGGGACGGCGUAGCGAGUCGAACGAGCUCAGGCCUACCCAUCCAGCAGAGCCUAGCAAAGCCAAGGUUCCUGAGCCUCCACGACCGGCAACCCGCACGCCCAGCCCCAAUGUCGGAUCGUCUUUUCGGUUCCCAUUCUUUGGACGGAAGAAGACCGCAGCUCAGAGUCCACCCAAGGAAGCCAAAGAGAAGAAAGCCUUGCGGAAGGGACCGGCAGCCGGCACUGGCCACGAGGGCUACGGUCGCUUUGGCGCCGUGAAGCGACGAAGUGGCAGUAGCAACUUGUCCAGGGGCAUGGCGGGCACUCAGUCAUCCCAGGAGAGCCUGGUCAGCAACGACCCCUUUUUUGCUGAUCGCUUGAACCCCGUCGUUAUCGCCGGGGGCGAGAUUGUCGAGAAUCGUAACCACAGUUCCGAACUCAGCAGGACCACAAGCGAUCUGAGUCUGCCGCGCCCUAGCACCGACAGUGCCAACCGUACGACAAUGUGGCCAUCCCCCAAUCUUCGUUGCUCGCCUUCACGACCUGCCACCCGCCGUCCGUCAGACAGUAGUGACUCCGAGGGUCCCCGGAUGAAGCCCACAUUGGCCUACCGUCGGUCAAUUCAGCGCCUGGGUACAUCCCCCGAGAAUCCGUUGCGUCUACCUCAGCCCAUCAACACUGGCAGCAAGGCCUCUUCGCCCAUGACCAGCUUUGAUACAAGUAUCAUGUCAGAUGACUCGCACUAUGAGAUGCAGCGCGAGGUCCUGCGAGGCCGUGCAGCCGCUCAGCCUGUGCCGAAGAAGCUCGUGAAGCGUGAACGCUCGCCUCGCAAGUGGAAUCUGUUUGGUCGAUCGCAGAAACAGGCAGCGAAGAAGGCGGAUGCCGUCGUCAACGCUCCCGCCUCUGAGGCGGAAAAGAAGCCGCCGGCAUUCUACACUUUGAUGGACAACUCGGAUCCUGACGUGGCUGUCGAGGCUGAUAUUCACGACGUCUUGCGCAAUGCUGACAUUUACGUCCACACUCCUCAGCACAGCACAGCGGAAUUGUCGUCUGCCGGAGUUCGAACACCGGAACCAGCGCCAGCACCACCUCGACCUGCACAGCCGGCGACCUUGCGCUCUGGGCGCCCAAGCAGACUGCAGCAAGUUGGCCGGAUCCCCAAGGUCGUUAGCAACCGGCAACCCGAUCAGUCUCCCAAGAGCUUUUCCAGACCGUUCCGAGCCAGCCUUCAAUCCGCUCCUCAUCCUUCCGAAUACCUAGACCCCGAGUAUAUCGCCAAGGGACCCAGUCCUCCGCAACCAUCCUGCUCGACGCCGGAACUGACCAUGGAGGCUUCCACUGCCGAGACGGCGGAGAGCGUGACGAAUGUGUCCUCUUCUUGCGACUCACAGGCCAGGGCCUCCAAUGAGGAAGAGUCUCGGGAGUUCUUGCGCUUCUCACCACGCAAGAACUCUGAAGGUACCGUCGAUACAAGCUCCAGCUCUGGCAUGUUCUCUCUCGGCGUGCCCACCGCCAUCAUCCCACGCCCGGAGGAUCCUCCUGCGGAAGAUGAAGUCUGGAAUGAGUUUGAUGAUCUGCUCGGCGAGGACCAGCCCAAGCAGCCGGCCUCGGCCACGUCCUCCCGAGGCACGCCGUUCCACCUCGAGACAUUUCAGUCCAAGCUCAGCAAAGAGAAGCCCAUGGAGUCGCCGACUCUGGCUGCCGAUCGAGUCGUCUCCUCCCACUCGUUGGCACCCACUGCUUCGAGCUGCUACAGCGCUGACAUGACGGAGCGCAUUCGCAAUGCCUUCCAGCCGCACCCCAGUCCGCCUAUGGAGCCCGAGGUCGACGAGAAACAGCAGCAAGACGAGAUCAAAGCGCCAAUGUCGGUUCCCGCCCGCCCCCGCAGGAGCCUGUCGCCUAUUGAGGAGCGCAACUCGGUCAGCAGCUGCAGCUCCUCUGAGGACGGCACGCCUCUCGCCCAGGUCAACCUGCGCGUGGGAUCCAUGACGGUGAGCAAGUGGCUCACCUUUGGCCACGUGCUCUUUAGCGAUGUACGCCAUGAGCUUGUGGCGGAGGAUGGCUCCCAACACCGGCGAUCCAUACUCGUCAUUGACGGCCUGGGCAACGACGACUGGUCCUUCUACGCCGCCGAGACGUACCCCAAAGCGACCUUUUACAACCUCUCGCCACGUGCGCCGCUACCCACCGAGGCCGCGUCGUCGCCCAAGAGCUUUCCCCUGAGCCCACCGAAUCACCACCAAGUCCAGUACUUUUCUCACGAUGAGAAGUUUCCCUUCGCCGCGCAGAGCUUCACCUCAGUGGUGUACAGAUUCCCUGUGGCGGCACCUGAAUCUCACUACCGCAACAUUCUCAGCGAGGCUCGACGUGUCUUGAAGCCCGGUGGUUACCUAGAGCUGUCGAUACUUGACGUUGACCUCAACAACAUGGGUACGCGUGGCCGUCGCGCGGUGCGCCAGCUCAAAGAACGCAUCCACGCCGCCGACUGCGAGAAAAGCCUGGCCUCAGCCUCUGAUCUGCUCGUGAAACUCAUCGCCUCGGCCGGUUUCUACGACGUCAAGGCUGCGAGAGUCGGCGUACCUGUGGCCAGUCCCAUCACCCGGGGCCAUGGCAGCAGCAUCAAGAAACAUGACCGCAAGGCAAACAAGGGCCAGCCGAGCUUGUCUGACAUGAUGAGCGAUGAGAGCGCCGGCGCCGACGAGAGCAUCACUAAAAUGGUGUCUCGUGUCGGUCGUUGGUGGUACUCCCGGUGCUACGAGAGCGCAACGUCCGAGCCUACGUCUCUGUGGAACGACAAGGCGCUCCUGAGGGAGUGCGAGGAGCUGGGCACGAGCUUGAAGCUCAUGGUCUGCUGCGGCCGUGCUCCCGAGCGCGUCCUGAGCGUGUAA